AUGUGGAACUUCAUCAGCUCACACCGACCUAGCCGGUCUCAGGACUGGGCGCAUUUCAACAUUGAGCGCAACAUCGAGAAACCGCGAGGCUCAAUCGAGAGACAGCGAAUCGACCCCCUGAUGGACGAGUGUGGAACCGACGAAAGGAGAUACUAUCGCAGCGCAGAAUUUCAGCAGGCCUUACUCGAGGCGAAGAUCGAAAGGGACCUAGCUUCAGUCGAGAGUCCUAUAGAAGACAACAAGCGACAGUCAUGGCAUCGACGGUCGUCUACCAUUGGGAGGAUGAACACACGCGCAUCUCAAUCAGCAUCCUCAUUGCCAAUGUUCGACUACGAGGCUGAUAGGAUUCGACAGCUCGAAGAAGCUCGCAGCGAACAGCCACCGCCGGAUGUCGAGCUUCCGUCGCCUGGUGGCGAGGCUGUCGCGCCUCCAGAACAUGUGCCGGACCUCAACAGAGACGAGUCCACCGAUGGCUCAAAUUCUUCGGAGCAGUCGCAUCAGCGCAGGCGGAGUCGUCCGAGGAUCAACAAAGACGGUCUUGCUCCUCUGUUCCAGCGUGCGAGAAACAGUUUCUAUGGCGGCAAGAGGGACUGA